UUUAUUCACGUGCAAUCAGUUGAUUCUCGCUUGCCGCCAGUUUGGUGUGGUUUUGUUAUGAAUAGUUUCAAAAACGCAGUCCGGGCCUCUGGCUUUAAAUACGGACCAGCUGUCCGGAUCGGAAUCGCUGUCCUGGUCCUCCACACCGUCGGCUGGCUGGGUUGGAAGGCGGUGAACCAGGGUGCGGAAUCCAAAGAGGCGGCAGCGAAGGCCCAGCAGGAACAAUUACGAGCGGUGUUCGCGGAAAAGUGAUAUAACUAGGAAUAAUAAGACUAUAUAGGUUAGCAAGCGAACUGAGUGCAUUUUAGAUAAUUAUUGUUAGAAACCUAGCCAAGUAGGUGAAUUAAAAAUAAAAUGAAUUGCUUACUUA